ACACUCUUGGGACAUGCGUACGUGUUUAUAUAUUCAUCAUAAAAUUAAACCAGCCUCAGCUUCCAUAUGUGAGCCGUACCAACAACAACAGCACAAACCAAAUCACAGGCCGAGCAAGCGGCAAAUGGAACGAUAAUCAAAAAAAUCGACACAAGCCGAUUGCCAAAUAUUUAAUUUGUUUUAUUGAAAGGGUUUUUCAUUUGCGUUCGUUGCCGGAAAGUUGUUAAUUGAAGCAGUGCCCGAAAAAGCAGGAGCAACUGCAGAAGAAGGCGAGCAACAAAAAUUGAUUGCAUAAUUAUUAACGAAUGCACGACAACAGCGUUAUAUUCGCAAAGUGAAAAUUGCGUGAGCUGCAUAAAUUCUGGAUGCAAUAAAUUUGUUUACAAAACGUGCGGAGAUAUUUCCUGGCCAUCGACUCUUCGAUGCUCUUGCUACGUUAAUUCAGAUCUUUAGCAAAUGAAAAUGUAGUAAGCUCAUAAAUAUUUCAACUGUUGUUGUUAUAUACUCUAUGGUAUAUUAUAUUUAUAAAGUUAACUCAAACUCUUACCUAAUGAGAGCUUUGACCACAUGCCCAUGUCUCCUCGCUGGAACCACACAAUUAGUACUUAAUAGUUCAACAAUGUGUUGCUAUUCAAACCGCAAUACAGAGUGGCUCAAUGGUUUCUGCCAAAGACCUUAGUAUUGGGAGGUUUUCGAGAUAGGCACGUAGGUCAAGAUGGGCACGAUUUCGCAUGGAAAAUAAGUCAUGUCAAGCUCAAGAUGCUCAACAAUUUGUCAUACAAGCUAAAAAGCAGCAGAAUCAUUGUGCUUAAACGUCGUGGUUGUGUUUACAUAUUUUUUGUUGAACAAUCUAAGGUUCUGGUGGAAUAACAAUAUAAUGUGUUUUUACAACAGAGACAUUGUUGUUUGUGUCGCACACAUUAUUCAUAGCCAAAAGAAUAUAAUAGUUUUUUUUAAACAUUCCCGGGUCUUACAGGUACUGGCUAAGUGACGAAGCCACAGUAAACUAAUUUCUUUGGAAUUUCUAAGGCUCAGGUAAAGAAAGCAGGCUAAACCCUUUGUUAAUACCCUGCGAAUAAAAAUAGAGGAAGUCUCAACGUUUCCGCAUUCAAUAUUUAAAUGAACAAACAUACGUAUUCACUGGCCUACUAUAUACGUACGCUCUUGUAUUUAUUAUGAUUUUAUUGCUGCCAUCAGCGACUGGCAGUCACAGUUGUCAUAUUAAAUUCAUUUCACGCUCCAUUUUAAUGCGCCGGCCAGUCGGGUAGUCGAACUUCCACACAAGUUCAACGUCGGUCUGUUUUGGAUAAAGUUUUGACGACCACCAAGCCGAUUUCAUAUUCACAUUGCAUGCCACCAAUGCGGUUAUUAUUUGCCAUAAUGAUUCCCCAAAAAAAAGGUCAACAUGCAAAGAACUCUGCCAGAAAGUUGCAAAAUUUUAUAACUCUGAACUUGAAAAAGUUGUAUUCGUUUCGUUUCUCGUUUGAUUAGUUUGAGGUCACUGUAAUUCCUUAUCUUAUUUCUAGAGAAAGAUUUAAAAUCGUUUCAGCAACGCAUUGCAUAUAGAUAGUCUUAAAGUGAUAAUAUUAAUCUUAAAUGAACAAAGAGACAAGCACUCCUAUACAGUUGUAAUAACUUUCUUCUCAUUAUACUUUUAUUGGUAUGAAUAACAACUUUCAAUGUAAAACCUAAAGAUAAUUAAUAUAGAUCGCAGCCUUUUAACUUUGAACAAAUAUGGCAUAUAAGUUAUGUGUAUAUCAUAAAACUUUAAACGACUGCAUGCAAAACAUCCUAAGCAAAUGGUUCUUUCAAUCACAAACAUUACAAGUACUUAUCUUUAAAACAUAGAAGGCAAUAAAUAAACUGGUGCAUAGUAUUCAAUAGUAUUCAGAUAAUGAGUAUAAAUAUAAUUAAGAAAGCUGAUAAGAAAACUCCUAUAAAACCCGGAGAGUGCAUUGAAAGAAAGGCAGUCACAUUUAAAGAUUUGCGAAAUGCUAUUUCCCCGUAUAAUUUUUUUCCUGCCGUUUCUGGUCAGUUAUACCAAAAGCAAACCCACUUUCAUAAUUUAAUCCUCGUUACAAUCCAAGGCAAUGUUGCAGGAAAUGAUCACUGCCUUAGAACCCUAUCCCGAAUAUGAAGAAUACAGGAAAACUAUGCAGGACUAUGUUGAGCAGGGAAAGACUAUAGUUAAGUCAAGCAGGUUGGAAGAUAAAGUCGCAUUUGUUAAAGGAUUCAAUGAACGCGGUGACCAGCCAGUUCUAACCGGAUCUCCUGCUAAGAAGCAGGCGCUCACCAGACCUAUAGACCAUUUCAGAUCGAACAUGAUUUUCAAAGUGCUCACAGAAUUCCAUAACAAGCUGCUCAAAGCUGCAGACGACUUGGAGCGAGUUGUGCGAUUCCCGGAUAGCUCUUCCAAGGGUGAACUUUUUAGACUUCUCCAGCAAUAUCGAACUAGUGGCAUUGGAAGUCUCACUGAGGAAAUAGCUUCUCGCAUUCUGGCUUUGAAGGAUAAAUACCAAUGUGCUUAGCCAAGAAAUCAAGACAAUAUCCUUGACACGUAAUAACUUCAGUUUAAUAAAUUAAAUAUGCUUGUAAUAUAUGUUCAAUUUCUAUAUACAAUGACUGUAGCUUACUGAUUAAUUAUCCAAACACUAAUUACUUUCGUAUUCUCAAUAUUCGAUUGAAACAUAUUCAUAUUCAGCACACUGCCAGUGACAAGAUCCAGACAUUUCAGCUGCGGUAUCAGCAUGUUGAGUGUUGAGAAUGAUAUAGCAGGGAUUGCAUAACAGGUUGAUGAUACCAUGGGAACAGAAUUGCCAUCCGACCGAAGAUAUUUCCAUGGCGCUGCCACCAAACAUUCGUGUCAUGAACACAUCCAAUUGUGGCAUCAGCUCAGCAGCUCAGCUGCUCCAGCACGUUGCCUCGGUUUAUCAGUGGCACGCUCUUCUAGAUUCCAACCGCUGGCUGGCCAUAUAGCAAUAGCAGCUAUAGCAGCGGGUAUACCCAUACCCAUACCUCUAUCUACAUACCUGCUGCGUUGCCCGAGUAAAGAGAGCCAAGCGAAGUCAAGCCA